GCGCAGAAGGAAAGCGGAAUCUACACCUUCCCCGCCAGCCGUGGCAACUGCAGAACUGCAGGAGACAAUCUUUCUAGACAAGGCAGUUGAGGAGGAGGGAGCGAUUGGAGCGUGGGUUGGCUUGGCGUGCACUCCCCACCUCUGAAACAUUAUUGCGCGUGGAACGGUUGCUUCUGGAAGGCACCGCACCUCAUUGGAGAGCUUCAAAGACCUCUCUAACAACUGAAGGACACACCACUGGUCAGGCAACACUUGCCCAGAAGAAAAGAUGUUUGGUUUUCACAAGCCAAAGAUGUACCGAAGUAUAGAGGGCUGCUGUAUUUGCAGAGCUAAAUCCUCUAGUUCUCGCUUCACUGACAGUAAACGCUAUGAAAAGGAUUUCCAGAGCUGUUUUGGGUUACAUGAGACUCGUUCAGGAGACAUCUGUAAUGCCUGUGUCCUGCUUGUGAAAAGAUGGAAGAAGUUGCCAGCAGGAUCAAAAAAAAACUGGAAUCAUGUGGUAGAUGCAAGGGCAGGACCUAGUCUAAAGACUACACUGAAACCAAAGAAAGUGAAAACUCUAUCUGGAAACAGGAUAAAAAGCAACCAGAUCAGUAAGCUACAGAAGGAAUUUAAACGUCACAAUUCUGAUGCUCACAGUACCACCUCAAGUGCCUCUCCAGCUCAAUCUCCUUGUUAUAGUAACCAGUCAGAUGAUGGCUCAGAUACAGAGAUGGCUUCUGGCUCUAACAGAACGCCAGUUUUUUCCUUUUUAGAUCUCACAUACUGGAAAAGACAGAAAAUAUGCUGUGGCAUUAUCUAUAAAGGCCGAUUUGGGGAAGUCCUCAUCGACACACAUCUAUUCAAGCCUUGCUGCAGCAAUAAGAAGGCAGCUGCUGAGAAGCCGGAGGAGCAGGGCCCAGAGCCUCUGCCCAUCUCCACUCAGGAGUGGUGACUGAGGUUUAUGUAGAAGGGGAACAAAAAACAAUUUGAAUUUUGGAAUACAAAGCAACAGAACGACCCUCUUAUUUUUAACUUGGAUACCUGCUAUUCUGCCAAAAGACAAUUUCUAGAAUAGGUUUUUUGUUUUUUUGGGUUUUUUUUUUGGUCUUUUUCUAGGACCGCA